AAGCACCUCCCAUUUUAAGAGAGAGUGACUCGACGACCAGAAGCAACAUUUUGCAGAUUGUUGAGAGAACAGUUAGUGAUUUUUAUGGUACACUACGCCCGUAGACGUCUGGAUUUCUUGACGUCAGGAGAAGUCUGAGCGCAUCCAGCGCUGCGCACAAGCUGAGCAACCACAUCUCUCCCAGAGGAAAGCAGGGCACUGCACAACUACAGAUCGCCAUUUAGCUUUAGUGUGGCGAAUCCAAUCAGCGUUGUAGGAUGCCUCUUGGAGAGGAUGGAAACGGAUGGAAGAAGAAGACAUCAGACAUCAAAGAACAUUAUGACUUCAAAGAAGUGCUGGGAACGGGGGCUUUCUCCGAGGUGGUUCUUGCAGAAGAGAAGAGGACUCGGAGGCUAGUGGCCAUCAAGUGCAUCCCUAAGAAAGCCCUGGAAGGGAAGGAGAACAACAUUGAAAACGAGAUCGCAGUUCUGCACAGAAUCAAGCACCCAAACAUUGUUUCCCUGGAGGACAUCUUUGAGAGUACAUCUCAUCUAUAUCUUGUCAUGCAACUAGUUUCUGGUGGAGAACUUUUCGACCGGAUUGUGGAGAAAGGGUUCUACACAGAGAGGGAUGCCAGCCAGCUCAUCCGCCAGAUCUUGGAUGCUGUUAAAUAUCUCCACGAUAUGGGAAUUGUUCACAGAGAUUUGAAGCCAGAGAAUUUACUGUAUUACAGCAUGGAUGAAGACUCCAAGAUCAUGAUCAGUGACUUUGGUCUGUCAAAGAUCGAGGGAGCGGGUAGUGUCAUGUCCACAGCAUGUGGUACUCCUGGUUAUGUGGCCCCUGAAGUUCUUGCUCAGAAACCAUACAGUAAAGCUGUGGAUUGUUGGUCCAUAGGAGUUAUUUCUUACAUUUUACUCUGUGGAUAUCCUCCAUUUUACGAUGAAAAUGAUGCCAAGUUAUUUGAGCAGAUUCUGAAAGCAGAGUACGAGUUCGACUCUCCAUACUGGGAUGACAUCUCAGAUUCAGCCAAAGACUUCAUUUGUCACAUGAUGGAAAAGGACCCUAUGAAGAGGUAUACUUGUGAGCAGGCUCUCCAACAUCCUUGGAUAUGUGGUGACACAGCUCUGAACAAGAACAUCCAUGAAUCUGUCAGUGCUCAGAUCAAGAAGAACUUUGCCAAAAGUAAAUGGAAGCAAGCAUUCAACGCCACGGCGGUGGUACGACACAUGCGGAGGCUGCAGCUGGGCACCAGUCUCGAGGGACCGAGUCAGAUUACUCCCACCAGUCCCUGCCAUGGACAUCUGCUCCCAGAGGAGGAGGUGGAGGAAGAGGAGGAUGAACUGGGGAACGAGGAGGAGGAGAGGUUGUCUCACUAUGAGGAUGGUCGUCGUGGAAGUAAUGAGGGUAGUACAGAUCAGGACAGCCUGAGAAGCUGUACCUACUGCUGCCGGCCAACCAGUCGCAUCUGAGCACAGCCUACUGGUGUCAUGAUGAUGAAGUGUCUUUGGAGCACCCAGAACCCGCCCACCCAGUCUGGCCAGUAAGGCAGAGUAGAUAUUAGUCAAGGUUUGCCAGAGCACAUACCCAAACAACAGUUCCUCUCUUCUUUGUGGUUAAAACAAAACAUAUUGUAUGUUUGUUUUUUUUUGUUUUAAAUACAUUAUUACUUCAAUGCUGUGAAAAAUGUAUUUUCCCUCUCAAUGUUGCUUGUUUUUGCUUUUUUUUUGUUGCCACAGAUAAAGGUUUUAGUCUAUUAACCAAAUUGUCAGUCACAGAUAAACAGUGUUAAUACAAGAAGCAGUUCUCAAGGGAUGAUUUAAAUUAUUAGGGUAAGCUAUUUUACCUGUGUUUCCUGUGAUUACCCACAUUUUUUGUUUAAUUGUACAGGCCUAAUUACUGUCAGACCUACAGAAUCAGGAAGUCACUAAAACACAGCCAGUUUGACAACAUGAAGUAGGUUAAAAUAUCUCAAAAGAAUUCAAGAACAGAUGAGAAACAAAGUUACAUAUGUAUGACUCAACAAUAACAAUGGGACUAGACAAAAGUCACACCCACUGCUGAUCAAAAAGAAGAAAAGAACAGAAGAAAAAAAAGAUCCUCAUAACAACAGUCAAACAUGGUGGUGGUGUGAUGGUAUGGGGCUGCUUUGCUGCUGCUGAACCUGAAUGACUUAUAAUUUAGGGGGCCAUUUAUUCAGUUCUUUAGCAGAAAAUCCUGAAUGAAAAUCUUUGGCCAUCAGUUUGUGAUCUUAAGCUCACAUGCACUUGUAGUAUGCAGCAGGACAAAUAAAGACAUACACCAGCAAAUUUAGCAAAGAAGAGUGAGACAACAUUCCUCCACAGAGAUAUAAAAAAAAAAACCUGCAGGUUAUCCUAAGAGCUUGGUAGCGGCAUUGUUAAGUUUAGCAUCACAUAAUUUUUCACAAAUGGAUAGCUUGGAUAGCUUUUUACCCUAAUUAAUUAAAUUAUGAUUUGAAAAUUGCAUUUUGUAUUUAUUCAGGUUAUCUUUGUCUGAUGAUCUAAAACAAAAAAGAAAAAACUGAAGAAAUCUGUAGGGAGGCAAAUGCUAUUUCAAAGAACUGUGUGUUGCAGAAGUGUUCACAAGGCUGCUUUAAGGAAUGCAGAGCGUCUUAUGUUUUUAAAAGGUCUAACUCAACAGCCCACCCUACUAAUGAAAUGAUUAGUUGUUUUGUGCAUCCACAGCAGAACAUGGCCUUUUACAAAUGGUUCAACAUGUUGGCUUCAGAGGGUGUUUAAAUCAAAGAGUUCUAAAAGCUGUGUCCUUUAUCAUAAUUGUUAGCUCGUUAUAUGCCACAUCUACCUCCAAUCAUAGCUUCUGUGUGUCUGCAUCCAUCUGGCUCCUGCACUCUAUAAUACUGGCAGCUUUUCAUGAAAAAUCUGACCAGACAGGUUACAAGGAAAAUAUCUUUUAAAGUACCAGUACUGAAAGCAGGUCUUGCAGGUCCUUCUACUCUUUAUCCAUUAAUGCAAUACCAAUCACUAGCCAAGAAGGUCAUUAAGUAGCUGAACAUUGUUACUUCCUCACGGUAUCCUUUAAUGCCUUGUUAACAACUCAGUUUUUGUAGAAAUUCCACUCAGGGAACCGUUUAGAUAAAGUAAACAAGUUCAAUGGAAAUCUAACUAAAGAUGAUUUAUUUAAAACUGAAGGUAGUUCUGUUACAAUAUGAAUUGAUCCACUUGAUUCCCCUUUUUAACAAGGGUGUACAGUACACUUUAUUUUAAUAAUAGUCCGAUUGACUCUUUCCAGCUCCAUCAGCUCCAGUACAGAAUAUAGUCCAACUCAGUUAAAUUAUAACUGACUUCUUUUUUUAAGGUACAUUUGGAUCUAAUUCAGUCCUAUUAUAGUCCAGAUUAAUCACAUUUAUUCCCAUUCUUACCAACUGAAUACCUCAGUCUAAAUUUAACCCAACCGAUUUAUUUCUACCCACUUACGUCUAAUUGAGCAUAGACCGGUUCAGUCCAAUUAUAAAUCUAGAAUAAUAUUCUUUCAAAUUAAACACAGACCAGUUCAGUGCGAUUACAAUCUAUGUGAAUUAAAUCAUUGUUUUUCACUAAAUACAGUAUACUUCAGUCCAACUGUGAAAUAUCUGGUACUGAUUCUGUUCUGGACCUUCUUUCUGAAUAUGAUCCAGUUCAGUCCAAAUAUAAUCCAACUGAAUUAUUAAUUUCCAGUUCUUUCAAACUAAAUGCAGUGUAGCUUAGUUCAGAUUUGAUUUAAUCCAAUUGACUCUAUUUCUGUCCAGGUAUUUCCUAUUGAAUACAGCCCAGUUUAAAUAAAUUAUUCUCAGUUGAAUAUAACCAAUUUCAGUCUAAUUAUAAUCAAACCAAUUCAAUAGUCAAUUCUUUAAUCAAUCCUUCCCACUUCCUUAAAUCUAAAUAUUAAUUAGUCCAUUUAAUCAUUUUCAUUUAAAAACAGUCCAAUUAUUUUCCAAUUAAAUCAAAUUACUCACAGUUACUUCUAACUACAUAAUAUACUUCAGUCCAGUCCAGAUGAGUCCUAUCAUAAUCCAACACUAUUAAAUUUUACCAAUUUAUUUUAAUAAAAUACAACAUAUUUCAGUCCCUACCCCAACUGACUCCAGUUCUGUAUAAUUAUUUCCUUUCAAAUACAGUCCAGUUGUUGAAUAUAGCUGGUUUGAAAAACAGACGGAUAGAAGGAAAAAUGAAAUUCAACCUUCUAUCCGUCUCAUUCAACUCUUUUCAGUCCAAAUAUAAUCCGACUCAUUUAAAUUUUGUGUAAUUUUGAUCUUGAAUUGAAUAUAUUCCAGUUAUAAUCCAACUGAGAUCGAUAAUUUCUGAUUAUUUCUGAAUACAAAAUACUUCAGUCAAAACAGUAACUGACUCUAAUAGAACUGAAUACAACAUAACUUAGUCCAACUAUAAUUAAACUGACCCCAUCCAUUCUAAAUCCUACCAACUGAACGCAAUCGAAUUUAGUCUGUUUAUAAAUUUGAUUUUCUUCAACUUGUUCUACCUAAAUCUGGUCAAAUUAAGUUCACUGCUUCUUAGUUCUAUAAAAAUAUCAACUAAAUACAGUCCAGUUCAGUCCUGUUAUAUUCCAAUUGAAUCAAUUCGUAUACUUUUCAAACUAAUACCAUACAGUUCAGUCCAAGUAUAAUCGGGCUGGGUCGAAUUCUGUCUCAAGUCAAACCAUUUUUACAUUCCAUUUGCUCAAACUCUUUUCAGCUGAUUAAAGUCCAUUUCAGUCCAGUAAAACCCAAUUUAAUCCAAUUCUUUGUUUACUUCCAUCAAGUGGAUAGUGGGUAUUAGCGACUGGAUAUUGUUCUCAUUAAUAAAAUAUAAAAUGCUGCGCUGAAACAAGGUAGAAAAUAUCAGUUUCCCUAUUAAAUGCUGUUUUCAUGUGGAUAAGAAGUGUGAACAUAGCAAAAAAUAUGUCGAGUCCAGAUCAGCAGGAGAAUAACAUCAAACCGCAAAUAUUGUUUGUGAUUAACAAAGAGCUGCCCAUCUUCAAGCUGAGUGUUUUUUACUGUUAAAUCCAUUUUUAAAAAUUUUGUCAGUUAUGUGUUUUUUUUCCAGUAAUUUCCAUUUUGUUUAGAUACUAUGUGAACAUAUAAUGGAAAUACUUGAAAGUAGCAAUUGAAUCGAGGGUUUUGGGCUCUAUACUCUGGCUCAGACUGGGUUUGUGAUGGGUGGUCUUGACCUGAAGUGUCUGCAUGCUUCCUGUCAGGGAAAAACAUUAAAAUGUAUGAAUAUCCAAAAGGAUACUUUUUUUGUUUGUAUGUUUUAUGGCUGUUUUGUUAUUAGAGGCUCAAACUGAGAUCCCCGUUACAUCUUUAUAACCAUGAGCUCUUAUUAUGCCAUGAAAAAUACAGAGACACCAUGCUUAUUUUCAUCAUUUUGUGUUUUUGACAAAAAAAAAACAAGUAAUCCACAACUAAUGUCAGCCUCUUGUCCUGGCCCAAACCCGGCUCAUGUUGAGUCGGAAGGAUCUCAGUUUGGGCGUUUCUGCCUGCUCUGUGCUGUGCACCUCUAGUGGAAGAAGUUUUGGUCUACUGUUUGCAUGACCUGGUUUAAUAUGUUUACAUGAAUGACGAUCAAUUAGUAUAAACACAAUUUAAUAUUACUAUGUUGUAUUGAAAACUGAUGUAAUUUUUGAGCUAUAUAAUGUGAAGUGAUUAACACCUGAAGUAAUGUUGUUGACAAAGUACAACACAGCACAGUGGACUCAUUUGCAUUGACUCUAACAGUCAAGUCUCUUUCUGAGUGAUCUUUUUUCUGUACUAUGUUUAUUUAUGGCUGUGUUUAUUGCUUGCGUUGUUUCCGCAUCUUUGACCCUACUAAAGAAAAAAAAAACAUAUCAGUGAUCGAGCAAAAUUAGUAUUUUUUAAAGUCUAUAUAAAAAAAGAGUUUUAAAAACAUAAAAGUGCAAAAAGCAACACCUAGCACCCUUUUAUGUCCUCAGAAGGAAAAGACAAUGAAGCCAUACGUAGAUUAUGAUACAUGAAUUAUUUAGUUUUUUUACUUAAUGUACAACUCAACGACCACUUUUACACCUCUGCAAGCAAUUGAAUACACACAAUAUUAUUACUGCAACUUUAACACUGAAUUAAAAGGCCUAUAAUGCUGAUAUUUUUUACAUCAUGCCAGUAUAAAAUAAUGUAUCCAAUGACAUGUUGCAUUCUGUUUAAAAAAAAAACUUUACAAACUCAGUGAAGUAACCCAUCAACUGAUCCUCCGUCGGAAAAUGAGGUUUGUUUCAUAUGUAGCUUUUAAUGUGGGUCCAUAGUACAGUAAUAAAAGGCAAUCACUCUGGAUUUACAUGACUGUAAUUGUGGAAUAUAUGCAAACUGUGUUUGAAGGGCUUCAUGUUGAGUGUACUAUAGCCAAUGUUGAUGACUUUUAUAACCUGGCUAUUAUAUGUUUGGUAAAGACUUUCUGUUGAACCUUUCUUGGGAUUUAUUUCCACUCAGCUGUGUUUUUUUAAGCCUCUGUUACCCAUUACAAACACUAAAAUGCAUCAAGAAGCACAUGUAUAUUAUAUAAAUAUAUAUAUAUAUAUAUAUAAAUAUAAGUAUAUAUUGUAUAUCCUUUUUUGUAAAAGCUGUUUUGAGCUACAAAUGUAUGGAUGCAAUGCAUCAUAGGUUAUUGAAAAAGUAUGAAAAUACAAUUUGUAUCCACAAAGAAAUGACUGCAGGAAAUGAAAUAAAACUUCCUUGUCUAUG